AUGGAUUUGGCCUUCAAAGCUGAGCCUACGGCCACGGAGAGUCCAUCACCUAAGAACGAGAGAGCUAUCGACACCAAAUACGCUGAUGAAACUCUGCGCAUUCUUGAGCUUCAUGGAGACUCUGUUGGUCCAUUGACGGCGGAGAAGGAGAAAAAGCUAAGACGCAAAUUGUACUGGCGUAUUUUCGGGCUACUCUCCGCCAUCAACCUACUGCUCUUUAUCGACAAAUCUACCCUGGGUUAUGCCGCUAUUCUCGGCCUGUUCGAAGAGACAGGCAUCAGCAAGGCCCAAUACAACAAUCUAGGAACUUUCUUCUACGUUGGUUACAUUGUUGCACAAUGGCCCGGACAUUAUGCUAUGCAAAAGCUACCAUUUGGAAAAUUUGUCGCCGCUCUUGUCUUCAUGUGGGGUGUCAUCCUGCUUCUUCAUUGCGUUGCCACAACUUAUGCCGCUCUUGUGGUUCUGCGACUGGCGCUCGGUGCCGCUGAAUCUGUCGUUGUGCCUGCAAUGGAAGUCACAAUUGGAAUGUUCUUUAAUCGUUACGAACAGUCGUUUCUCCAGCCCUUCCUUUGGUUGACAUCGGCAGCCGCCCCUAUAUGUGCCGCGUUCAUCUCCUAUGGUUUGCUUUGGAGUCAUAGCGCCAUCCUGCCAUGGAAGCUCUUCAUGAUUAUUACCGGGGGUGUCUCAGUACUUCUUUCUGUUCUUGUUUGGUUUCAGUAUCCGAACAACCCAGCUGAGGCUAAAUUCCUGUCACUGGAGGAGAGAAUCCACACUAUCAAACGAGUACACGAGUCCAGUCAAAGCUCCAUUGAACAGAAGCAGUUCAAGAAAAGCCAGUUUAAGGAGACGCUCCGCGAUCCCAUCUCAUGGCUAUUUACUCUGCAAGCCUUCACCUUGAUGAUGUCCAAUAAUCUCACCUACGGACAACAGAACCUCAUUACAAAAGCCCUUGGAGUGGACAGUUUGGGUUCGACUCUCGUGGCAGCAGCCGGCGGCGGUUUCGGUGUCCUGGUUUGUCUGGCAGGAGCCUAUGCCCUGCGGUGGUGGCCUUCAAACCUUGCCCUCCAUGGACUCUUCUGGUGUAUCCCUGCAAUUGCAGGUGGAAUUGGGAUGGUUGCUAUUGACUGGGACCAGAAGCUAGGGAUGCUGGCUUGUCUGUUGUUAGCAGGCCACACCUAUGGUAAUACCUACAUUAUCGCGUUGGGUUGGACUACAUCAUCUGCAGCCGGCUACACAAAGAAGCUCACCCGAAAUGUUAUGUUCAUGGUUGGUUAUUCCAUUGCAAACAUUUGCUCGCCACAAAUAUGGGUUCCUAAGGACGCACCUCGCUAUUACGGUGCCUGGAUCUCCAUGAUUGUGGUCAGCUGGGUGGGGACACCAUUGAUUCUUUUCAUUAUACAAUUCAUCUUGAAACGUAGGAACGAUCAACGGGAGGCUUGGGCUGCAUCCUUGACCAGUGAAGAGAGAAAGGCUCACGAAUUGGGAGUAGUCGAGGAGCUUGAUGAAAAUGGAAAUAUGAUACGCAGGCAAGUCGAAAUUGCCAUGUUGGAUAUGACUGAUAUGGAGAACCCAUUCUUCAUCUAUCCUAUCUAA